AUGGCUCCAAUGGGGCCUCCAACUGAAGCGACCCAAUCAUGGAGGGUAAGUGACAUCCUCAAACCAGGAACAAAUGAGUGGGACACGGACAUAAUCCGUAGUACUUUGCCUCAGUAUGAGGAGAUGAUUCGCAAGCUCAUUCUGAGCUCGUCCCAUUUGAGAGAUGAAAGGGUCUGGAUGUUUAAUGCAUCGGGGGAGUAUUCAACUAAAUCAGGUUAUGCGGUGGCCAAACUCAAUAAUGGAGAGACGGAUACUCAAUCUUUUAACUGGAAGAAGAGUAUAUGGAACCAGCUUGUGUUUGAAAACAAACUCUUCUCAGAGGAAAGCACAGUCCUUAAAGCUGUACGUGAUGCUAAAGCUUGGAAGGCGGCUCAGACAUUUGUCUUAAAGCCUUCUUUACCACAGGACUCUGAUAAUUCCAUUGCAGAAUCCUCCUCAUCGCACCGGCGCUUUGUUCCUUCAGCUCUUGUGGCAGAAGCUUUGGCGGUUAAAGCUGCAGUUACAGCUGCAGUCUCUUCCCAUGUUAGCAGCCUCACUGUUAACUCCAACUCUAAGAACCUUAUUUUGCUCUUGAAGACUCAAUGUCAAGAUGUGGCUCUGCGAGGAGUGCUACACGACAUUCAUGUUAUGUGUCGCUCUUUCGUAUCUAUCUCGUUUAAGUUUAUCCCGCGUUUAGCAAAUGUUCAAGCUGAUUCCUUAGCUAAUGCAGCUUUACUUUCUUUGUCUUUUGCUGCAUCUGAUGUUGUAGACUGA